AUGAGUCUGAAUUUUAUUAAAUUGGCCACUAUCUGCGUGGUAAUCGGAUUUGCAAACACAGCACCAGCUGGUCAUGAUUACCAUCCGUACGAAGAACAAAAAGAACAUAAACAGAUUCCGAUUGUAAAGCAAUCGUUCGAACAGCAUCAUGGCGCCUUCCAACAUAGUUUUGAAGCUGGUAAUGGAAUCCACGUUCACGAACAUGGUUAUUUCAAGGAAAGCGCAGAUAAGAAGCAUGAAACUUUAGUUCAGCAGGGUACCAUCACUUAUCAUGAUGAACAUGGCAACCCAAUUACCUUAACUUAUAUUGCUGAUGAGAAUGGCUUCCAACCACAAGGAGCUCAUCUGCCAACACCACCACCAAUCCCAGCUGAAAUUGCUAAGGCUUUGGAGCAUUUGCCGCAUCAUCCUGAGCCAGCUCAUGAAGAAGCUCAACAUCACUAUGAGCAGCAAUAUUACUGA